AUGGCAGGGCGCUGGCGCCGCCCCGGCAGCGCCUCCGCAAUGAUCCUUGUCUUUGCAGCCCUGCUGCUGGCCCCCGCGUGCCGGGGGGCGCGCCACCUGCUCGGCCGAGGUGCCUCUGUCGAGAUUUCGAUCAACGGCACGAGCACGGCGCGGGUUGGCCACCCGGCUGCCAACGCCGGCUGGACGGUGAACCCGUUCAUGGUCGUCGGCAGCGGCAGCGGCAAAGCCGCGUUCUACUGGGCGCCGGGCCAGGGGGCGCUGGUCUCGGGCAUCGACGUGUGGGCGGGCGUAGACGGCGUCAACGGGAUCGCGGUGACCUUCACGGCGGGGAAAUUCACGGAGGGGUCCACGGGGCUGUUCGGGAGCAAGGUGGGGGCCCACAGCGGGCUGGUGCUGUCGGCGGGCGAGAAGAUCACUGAGAUGACCCUGUGGGACAACGGUCUGCCGUCGCCCAGAUGGGCCUUCGGUGCGAUGAAGAUCGUCACCGACGCCGGCCAGACGUUUGAUGCCGGUGUGGCGCCCAGCCACCGCGGGCAGGCGUACGUGCUGGAUGUGGGGUCAGGGUUUGUGGUCGGAGUGUCCGGGCACUACGGCAGUUCGGUCAACGCCUUCGGUGCGUGUUUCCUGAAGCCCGUGAUUUCGGCGUCGCUAGAGGUGGACGCCUACCCCACGCUCCAGGACCACUCCCCCGCGGGCGGCAAGGCGCAGUCCGUGCUGGCCACCGUCACCUACAGCAACUUCGGCGACGAGGAGCAACACGUGCGCAUGACCGGCGCGCCCACCCUGCCCGCCAAGCACCUGUGGACCUGCGACGCGUCCGAGGUGCUCGGCGUGGAUGUGCCCAUUCGCGCCGGCGUGCCGCGCGUCGUGGAAACCGACGGCGUGCCUUCCAACUGGACGGUCACGGACGCCGUGGACCGGUCCAGCGAUGGGGAUGAGGAGGAAGUGGAGCGCGUGUACGAUCUGCCGUUGACCGUCGGACCCCACAGCUCCGUGGACGCCAAGGCAACUCUGGCUGAGAUCGACCUCGACAUCGGGUUCACGGGCAGGGUGGGCGUGAUCGUUGACGGCGGGGCGAAGUGGACGUACCGGACGAGCGGCAGGUACCAGGGGCUGGCCUACGCGUUCACGGUGUCGCUGGGCAACGUUACUCCUCUGGACGGGGAGCCGGCAUUUGUUGGGGGGUCGAAGAUUGGGGGUGCAUUGGCUGAGGAGCCGGCCGUGAAGGACGUGGAUUCGCAUUUGAAGGGAUCUGAGGAGAUGGACAGGGAGGUGUGGGAGUGGAAGGGGGUGGGGGGUUUUGAUGAGAUUUGA